GAAUCCAUUACGAGGAAAAGGUUCCUAAGUCCGCGACUUUCCACCUCAGCUAGAGCUCUCAUGACAGACGAAAGCAAUACAUAAUUUACUUAUUACGGAUUAUAUUUCUACGCAUGCCGGUUCUAAACACCAUAUCUUAUCUGUGUGCGAUAAGACGUUGAGGCAAAAACACUACUAAACCGCAUCGAAUGACUUGCAAAUUCAACGUCGAAACAAUUAAAGUAAGAAUAAAAACAAUCAUAAUUCUACGACUGAACGCACCAAUUAGUAUUCUAGUGAGAAGCCUAGUCAGACAGUCGGGUCUCAGAUGAGCACACUGCGAAGCCCACGUGGGUGAAAAAAAAAACAGUACACCGACUAUAGUUACCACACUACGAAAUCGACAGAAACUUGUUUGCGAGUUUAGUGUUGAAGUGUAGCUCAUUGACUUCGCAUACGUCGCGGUUUCGGUUUUUGGUUUCAGUUGGUUGAAUUCGAUUCGAACGGGUAACGCGAGAAAAAAAAACUACACCACCGAAAUGAUCCCGUUAGUGCAUAUCGUUGCAUUCUCAGUGAUCGCCACUGUGGGAUUCAAACUGUUCAGACUGUUCAUCGAAGGAGGCCAAUUUAGAAAAUCUACACGCUGCGACGGAAAAGUGAUUGUGAUAACCGGAGCGAACACCGGAAUCGGCAAGGAAACCGCCAAAGAACUGUUGAAACGUGGCGGAAAGGUCUACAUUGCGUGUCGCUCUCUGGAAAAGGCGAAUCAGGCUCGAUCGGAACUAAUAGCGGAGACUGGCCGGAGCGACAUUCACGUUCGAGAGUUGGAUCUUUCUUCGUUGGAUUCUGUGCGGAAUUUUGCGAAAAGAUUUUUAGCCGAAGAGUCCCGCCUGGAUAUACUGAUCAACAAUGCGGGAGUGAUGGCCUGUCCAAAAUCGUUAACCAAAGACGGGUUUGAGCAGCAAAUUGGCGUCAACCAUUUGGGACAUUUUCUGCUCACGAAUCUACUGCUGGAACGCAUCAAAGCAUCCGCACCGAGUCGUAUCGUGAAUCUCUCAAGUCUCGCCCAUGUUUACGGUUCCAUCAACAAGGCGGAUUUGAACAGUGAAAAAUCGUACAAUCAAGUAACUGCCUACUGUCAGAGUAAAUUGGCGAACGUAUUGUUCACACGGGAAUUGGCUAAGCGCUUGCAGGGGACUAAAGUUACUAGCUAUGCGGUCCAUCCCGGGGCGGUUGACACCGAGCUUCCCCGACACAUGGGUUCAUUCUUUUUCCUGUUUGAGCACAAAUGGGUAAAACCAUUCCUGAGCAUAGCGUUCAAAACGCCUCGGUCCGGUGCCCAAACCAGUCUCUACACAGCUCUGGACGAAGAUUUGGCUAACGAGAGUGGGAAAUAUUACGUUGAUUGCUGUGAGAAAAAAGCCAGCAAAGCUGGACGGGAUGACGAAACUGCGCGCUGGUUGUGGGAGGUGAGCGAAAAGAUGACUGGUCUUUCCAGUAAAAAUUUAUAAAGAUGGAGUAGAUUGUUGGAAUUUGGUAAAAGAAUUGAUUCAAAGUAAACUGACAGGAGAAUCGCAAUAAUUUGCGAGAUCGUUUUCGUUUCUUAAUUUAUUUUGUAACUCGAAAAUAAAACAUUCACAUUUUUCAA